UAUCAAAUUGAGAUAAAGACAAAAAGUAUUUAAAAGUCCACUCGUCUACAACUCGAGGAGUAAAGCGAAAAUGUUCCGUGCUGUAAGAUUAAUUUUCCUGGCUUUCGUUUUGACUAUGCUUGUCGGUAGCAAUGAAAUCUCUCGACAUGAAGCCAGAAAAAUACCUGACGACUUACUUUUUGGAGCUGCUACGGCAUCCUACCAAAUAGAAGGAGCUUGGAAUGAAGAUGGUAAAUCAGAAAAUAUUUGGGAUCGAUUGACACACCUAGAACCUUGUUAUAUACACAACUGUGACACGGGAGAUAUCGCUGCUGAUUCCUAUCAUCAAUAUAAGCGAGAUGUGGAAAUGAUGCGGGAACUAGGUCUCGACUUUUAUAGGUUCUCUCUCUCCUGGACGAGAAUAUUACCAACGAGUUUUCCAGACCAAAUUAAUGAAAAAGGAAUCCAAUAUUAUAAUAAUUUGAUAAAUGAGAUGCUCAAAUACAACAUACAACCCAUGGUGACUCUUUAUCAUUGGGAUUUACCUCAGAAGUUGCAAGAUCUGGGAGGGUGGGCAAAUCCCCAUAUCGUUGAUUGGUUUACCGAUUAUGCCAAAGUAGUUUUCGAGUUAUUUGGAGACAGGGUUAAGUACUGGACAACUGUCAAUGAACCUAAACAUGUUUGUCAUCAAACAACCCCACAACUAUCACUAGAUCCAUCUGAUAGUGUUUCUUCACAUUUUCAUUACAUGUGUGCCAAAAAUCUGCUAGUAGCACAUGCUAACGUCUACCAUUUGUAUAAUAAUAAAUUUCGUGAAGUCCAAGGUGGUCAAGUCGGUAUAACAAUAAGUGCCGCGUGGGCUGAAGCUGAGUCUGAAAAUGACAUGAAAGCUGCUGAAGAUGCCAUGCAAUUUGAGAUGGGUCUUUUUGCAAAUCCAAUAUUUUCGGAAUCUGGAGACUAUCCAUCAGUCAUGAAAGAAAGAAUAGCAGCAAAGAGUAAGGAACAAGGAUUUCCGAGAUCACGAUUACCACAAUUCACUCCGGAGGAAGUAGAUUUAAUAAAAGGAAGCUCGGACUUCAUUGGAUUAAAUCAUUAUUCUACUAACAUUGUUUAUAGAAACGAAUCUGUCUAUGGAAGUUACAGUUCUCCAUCACUUGAAGAUGAUGUGGAAGUUUUAAGUUAUCAAGAUAGUUCAUGGGACUCAGGUGCUUCAUUGUGGUUGAAGCGUGUACCCUGGGGAUUUUAUAAAUUAUUAACAAAAAUACGAGAGGACUACAACAACCCGCCAGUUUUCAUCACUGAGAAUGGAUUCUCAACCCGGGGUGGUCUAAUUGAUGACGACCGCAUAAAGUAUUACAGAACAUACAUUGACGCUAUGCUCGAUGCUAUUGAAGAUGGAUCAGAUAUAAGAGUUUAUACAGCGUGGAGUUUGAUGGACAAUUUCGAAUGGAUGCAGGGAUACAGCGAACGUUUCGGACUGUACGAGGUGGACUACGAGAGUCCUGAACGCACCCGAACUCCUCGCAAGUCUGCUUACGUGUACAAAGAGAUGCUGCGCACUCGAACACUGGACUAUCAUUAUGAACCUGACAUGAGCUUGGGAAUGAAUGUCGAUGAAAUCUAAAUAAAUUAAAAUAGGAGUAGAAAGUGUUAAACAAUUAAACAGAUUUACAAACUGAUU